AUGCCUAGUUUCUUCGAUGUACUUGGAUUAGGCUCACAGGAAGGAUCUUCAAGAAAUGUCUUACAAACAUCCACCACUAAUCUGACACCUGGUCCCAAUGACAAUGCCUCGAAAGGAAACAGUACGCAGGCACAAACACAAAUGCAGAGAGGAUAUUCGUUUGAUUCUUCAGCGUUGGAACGUGCAGCUGAUGCUGCACGACAGCUAGAAAUGUCUCGAAAUGCUAAGGAAGCAUUUGAAAUUGCACGAUUGCAAGAAAUCACGAAACAGAAGGAAUAUGAGGCUGCUGCUAAGCAAGCAGAAGCACAGGUACAAGCACUUCGGUCAGAACAAAUACGAGUUGCGGAAGAAGAAAAACGUAAAACUUUAGUUGAAGAAACAAGACACGCACGUGCUAGGGCAGAACAUCAGGAUCAGUUGGCACGCAAACGGCAAGAGGAGGAGCUAGCGGUAAAGGCGCGCAUGCAAGCUGAAAGUUUGAAGAAACAGGAAGAAAGUGUGCGAAAGCAAGAAGCUAUGAGGAAAGCAACUAUUGAACACGAAUUGGCUUUAAAACAUAAGUACGAUCUGGAAAAGGUUGAAGCUGAAACUCAUGCUAGAGCUAAAGCUGCUCGUGAAAAUCGCGAUGUUAAUCUGGAACAGCUGCGUACAUCCGAAAAAGAACGAAGAAAAACAGCGAUUGAAAAAAUUAAGACCAGUGGAGCAGUUUUGGGAGCUGGAUUGCAAGAAUUUUUUAACGACCCAAAAAAAAUGUUCUCAGCUGUUAGUACUUUAACCGCGCUUGCUAUUGGUUUCUAUGGUGCCAAAAGAGGUACGGCAGUUGUGGCCCGUCAAGUCGAAUCACGAUGGGGAAAACCGAGUUUAGUUCGAGAUACUUCACGUAUAACAUUCUCAGAACUAUUCAGACAUCCCAUAAAGACAUUUAGAACUGCUUUUCGAUCUCAGGAUGAUCCAUUAAGAGGAAUUAUUCUAAAUCCGAAGCUAGAAGCACACUUACGAGAUAUCGCGAUAACUACAAGAAAUACAAAACGUAAUCAUGGUCUUUUCCGGAACAUAUUAUUUUAUGGUCCACCGGGUACUGGUAAAACACUUUUUGCCAAGAGUUUGGCUCAUCAUUCGGGUUUAGAUUAUGCUGUCAUGACUGGUGGUGAUGUGGUACCUUUGGGACAUGAUGGUGUUUCUGCGAUGCAUAGGGUUUUUGAUUGGGCUGAACAUACGAGGAAGGGUUUGGUGCUCUUUAUCGAUGAAGCUGAUGCCUUUCUACGUAAGAGGGCAACUGAACAAAUAAGUGAGAAUAUGCGUGCCACAUUGAAUGCAUUUCUAUUUAGAACCGGUGAACAAUCUAGAAAAUUCAUGCUAGUCGUUGCUUCAAAUCAGCCGGAACAGUUUGACUGGGCUGUGAAUGAUCGAUUGGACGAAUUAGUUGAAUUCAAAUUGCCAGGUCCUGUGGAACGUGAACGUAUCAUAUUGCAGUAUUUUGACAAAUACAUUGCUGCACCAGCUACAUCAGGCUCUAAAAAAGCGCGUUUGAAGUUAGCAAACUUUGACUGGGUCCAAAAAUGCACUGAUAUUGCGCAGAAGACUGAUGGAAUGAGUGGUCGACAGCUCUCUAAGCUUGUUAUCGGCUGGCAGGCAGCGGCAUAUGCUUCGAAAGAUGGCGUACUUACAACCGAAAUGAUUGAUCGUUGUACACGAGAAAUGGUCGAUCAACACAAGCAAAAGAUUAUGUGGCUCGAUAAAGAACAGUUAUCCAUGACGCGUCUUGGACAGACAGCACCAAAAGAAUUGUCACCGACAUCGAAAUUACAGGAGAGAGCAACAACAUAA